UCGCGCCACGUCUUGCCUCUCUCACGCAUGAUAUGUGAGCGUGUUCGUCUCGCUGUGACACACACACCUUCUCCGUAUCAAGAAAAACUCAUGGAGAUUGCCGUCUCCGCGGUGGCAAGCGAGCUAGCCGGCCGGCUCGUGUCUUUCCUCAUCAGCAAGUACAGAGGCCAGGCACGCCCGAACAAGAAGGAGAACCUGGAGUCCCUCCGCCGGCUCCUCCUCAGAGUCCACACCAUCGUCGAGGAGGCCGAGGGGCGAUACAUCACCAACUCACGGAUGCUGCUGCAGCUCAAGGCGCUCACGGAAGCCAUGUACCAGGGGUACGACGCCCUGGACACCCAUGGCCCCCUGGAGCAGAUCGGAGCACAACCGGAGGUGAGCGGCUCCUCACACUCCAUGGAUUUCAGAAGAUUCAGUAGCACACCUGCCAGCCAAGAGGUGCAGACCGCGCUGAGAGCUCUGGAGACCGCCUCUGCGGAGAUGGCCGAGUUCAUCGCGCUCCUAGCAGGCUGCGAGCGCAUGCUCCGCAGCCCGUACAGCUGCUACCUUCACAUCGACAACUUCAUGUUCGGGCGCCGGGUCGAGAGGCAGCGGGUCAUCAACGUCUUGAUGCAGGACGGCCAGCCGCCGCCCGGGGCUCCGACCGUGCUGCCCAUCAUCGGCGGCCGCAGGGUGGGCAAGAAGACGCUGGUGUGGAGCGUCUGCUCCGACGACCGGAUCCGCUCUCGCUUCCCUUCCAUCGUCCACGUCGACGGAUGCGAGAUUCAGAGCAUCGACCGUGGCAGGUUUACCACUACUCCGGUGAGGACUUUGAUCGUCGUCGAGUUCCGGUCGGACGUGGAUGGCAGCGAAUGGCGCGGGUUCCACUCGCUGCUCCGAGCUCUCACCGGCGCAGGGAGCAAGGUGGUGAUCAUAAGCCGGCUCGAGAGGCUAGCAAGGUUUGGAACCGUGAACCUCGUCCGGAUCAACAGCUUCUCACGAGAGGAAUACGGCUACCUUUUCAAGGUCCUCGCGUUCGGGAGCUCCGACCCGGCGGACCACCCGCGGCUGGCCCUGAUAGGGAAGGAGCUGGCGGCGAUGAUGGAGGGGUCGCUCGUGCAUCUGAACGUCUACUCAAGCAUGCUGAGGAACAACCUGAAUGUCCAGUUCUGGAGCCGCGUUCUGAAGCUGUACAGAACGGUCAUGGAGGCGAACCUGUCCGUCUUCGGUGAGCAUCCGAGAGCUCUUCUUGACAAAGGCAGCACCGUGGACAUCACCAGGUUUUCGCCGUCGGCGGCGGCGGCUGCCCCGCUUCGGUUCAUGUUGCUGAUCGGUGGAAGGGGCUCUUCCGGACCAGGACCAGGUGAGUUCCCCAGGAUGACAUUUGGAGAUAUAAUAUCAGGCUCUGUUGUUCUGCCCAUGAAGUUUGAGCUGGUGUGGGAGUCACGGUUGCCCCCGUACACCGUUAUUUCUGGCACCUGUGUCGCAGAGAAGCCUCAACACUCGGCUUCACCGAGGAAGAAACGCCGUACAUAAUGUAUGUUUCUGACGGCCAUUAAUGUGUCAGGACAUCUGCCUCGUGAUGUGAAAAU